GUUUAGUAGUUAGUGUUUUUACCUCACACCUCCAGGGUCGGGGUUCGAUUCCCACCGUGGCCCUGUGUGUGUGUGGAGUUUGCAUGUUCUCCCCGUGCUGUGGGGGUUCCCUCCGGGUACUCCGGUUUCCUCCCCCAGUCCAAAGACAUGCACGGUAGGCGGAUUGGCGUGUCUAAAGUGUCCGUAGUGCGUGCAUGGGUUUUUUUUUUUUUUUUUUUUUUAAGGACAAAAUUAGUUUUCUCCUCAGUUUGUGUUUGCCUUUCAAAUAGCGAACCAAAUGAGCAGUUCAGAGUUAAAGGUUACUGUCACUAAUGUUAGUUGCUAAUGUGAAGAGAAGGAAAAAAAAAUGUUCACGCAUCUCGUUUGAUUCAUUUAUGGAUCUCAUGGAUCUCAUCACACGCUCGUCAAUCACUUGAGGUAACUACACCUCCAUAUAAAAAAAAAAAAAAAAAGUACAGUCGGAACAUCCGGCAAUGCAGUACCCGUGUUUGACCGACAGGUGGCGGUAAGAGGGCGCAGUGUUUCCCUGACUGAAGAAGAAGGCGAAGAAGAACGCUCAGCUCUGUGAAAGAUCAUCCUCAUUAUUAUCAUUAUAUAUUUUAGAUCUUCUGGAACCUUCUCGGGUUUUUAUUUUUUUGUUUAGUCUGAUUUUUAUUUAGAUAUUUAUUUCAUUUCCGCGAGGUUAAGAGGAUAAAGUAAGUGUUUAAGUGUUUUCCCCCUCCUUUAUGUAGCUUUAAACCCAGCUGCUGAGUGUGUUUUAGUUUAUAACGCGUUAUUAAUUAUUCAUGCAGGUUUAAAUACAUUAUAGCAAAAUAUACACUUAUAAACGGGAUGUAAUCGCUUCCUACAGUGAUUAUAAUAUUUCUUCUUCUUUUUUUUAUUUAUUGUAAUGUAGCUUAAGCAAUCAGAUUCUUCUUCUUAAGAUUAUUAUUAUUAUUAUUAUUAUUAUUAUUAUUAUUAUUGCAAUAUCCUCAAUAGACUAUUAAAAUCUGCCCUGAACCAGAAUAUUAAAAUGAUAAUAAUAAUAAUAAUAAUAAUAAUACUUAACAAAUCAUAAAUGAUACAGAAUUGUGUGAUAUGAUGAUGAUGAUGAUGAUGGUGUGUGUAUGUGUGUGUGAGAUCAAGGAUGUCUGAGGUGGAGCUGUCGUGCAUGGCGUGUGUGAAGAUGUUCCUGCACGCAAGUGUGUAUCCUCGCUGCAGUGUGAACGGCCUGCUGUUAGCCCCUGCAGGAGGAGGAAGAGGAGGAGGAGUGUGUGAGGAAGGAGUGUGUGUGACGGACUGUGUCCCUCUACUGCACUCGCAUCUUCCGCUGGCCAUGAUCGCUCAGCUCGCUCUCACACAGGUGGACGUGUGGUGUUCUCAGACGCAGCAGAGGAUUGUGGGAUAUUAUCAGGCUAACGCUACUCUGUCUGACAGCAGUCCAACCGCGUGUGCUUUCAAAAUGGCUGACAAAAUCCUGGAGCAGAGCAGCAAUGCCGUGUUACUGAUGAUUGAUGGGAAAAAAAUGUCACCUGGAUAUCGUGUUCCUCCGAUAGUGAUGUACGAACAUAAAGACUCGCGAUGGACCUUAAAAGACAAGCGCACAAUAAUGCUCCGUCAGUGGGAAGAAACCCGAGCGAUCACCGCUCAGAUACUAAACUCCAGAGAUCACAUGCUGUUGGUUGAUUUCGACAGCCAUUUGGACGACAUCACGAAGGACUGGACCAAUCAGAAACUCAACGCUAAAAUCACGGAGCUCAUCUGUCCGGCUAACGGCAACAUGUGACGUAGUUACGUUUCAGAGAGUAGACUUACCAUCCCGCUGCCUUCGUAACGCAACGAACAUAAAUAACGUCAACAUCCCGUAAACGUCUUCCUGCUGUUCCAUUUAUUUAUUUAUUUUUAAAUAAUUAACACUUAUUCGUUCUUUGUCCUGUUUUUAUCUAAAUCGAUGUACAAUAAUGACUAAUUAUCGUUUUUUAAUAUUAUAAAACUGUUAUAUAUUUGAAUUCAUUUAAAUUUUAGGUACGUUUUAUCGUUCACGUGACCUUUUGAACAAUCUACACCACAAUAAAGCUAGAUUUAUAUUUA